AUGCGACUCCCGUCGAUUAACCCGUUACUUCUCUCUAGCCUGGCCGCUUUUUUCGCUCCUGCCAGCGCCGAACAUGUGCUCCGAUCAAGCUCGCUGGCAGCAUGCCAGGAAAACUCGCUGUUCACGGCGAGUCUUUUCGAUGUCGUUUUCACACCAAAUAACCUCUCAGCGGCCGUGAACAUGCUGGCUACAUCCUCCAUUGAGGGCUAUGUCGUGUUUGACAUCACCAUCCUCGCCUACGGCUACAAGGUCCUACGCACCCAGGUCGAUCCCUGCAAUUCCAACCUUCCUGGCCUGUGCCCCAUGCUGUCUGGCAAGAUGAACAACCCAUUCAACAUUCCUGUGCCAGAGGAUGCCAUUUCCCAAAUCCCGGGAAUCGCGUAUACCUUUCCCGAUCUCGAUGCGACCGUUAAGGUGUAUAUCAACAUGACAACCGGAGACCAGGCCGGACAGAGCAUCGCCUGUCUUCGGGCUGAGGUCUCAAAUGGAAAGACGGUCGACCUUGUGGGUGUCAAAUGGGCUGCAGCGGCUGUUAUCGGCCUGGCCCUCAUUGCUUCCGCCAUCGUGAACGGUCUGGGUUUCUCUAACGCAGCCUCCCAUGUCGCAGCCAAUACCCUCUCAUUGUUUGGGUACUUCCAAGCCCAGGCUAUGCUCGGUCUCACCAGUGUCCCUCUCCCCCCGGUUGUCAAGUCAUGGACUCAGGAUUUCCAGUGGAGCAUGGGCAUUAUCAGAGUCGGUUUCAUCCAGGAUAUUGUGACUUGGUACCAGCGGGCAACGGGUGGAACAGCAACCAACAUUCUUUCAACCCUUAAUAUGGUCUCUGUGCAGGUUGAAAAGCUCAAAAAAUUCAAGCGUGCCCUUCCUGCCGCAUUUCCUGCAGUGUCGGCCGUAGCCGAGCAUGGACACAGCCUUGCCAAGAGGGCAUACAUCCAGACUUCUUUUGGCAGCUACAUCGUAUAUGGCAUCCAGCGAGUCGCUUUCCGUGCUGGCAUUGAAACCACCAAUCUUUUCCUCACCGGGCUCACCUUCUUUUACAUCUUUCUCGUAAUAACUGUGCUUGGCGUGGUUGCCUGGAAGAUUAUUUGCGAGCUUGCUGUCAAGGCAGGGGUCAUGAAAAAGGAUACCUUCUGCGAUUUCCGUGUGGGAUGGUUGACCGUUCUCAAAGGGAUCAUGUAUCGCCUGCUACUCAUCGGGUUCCCCCAGAUGACGAUUCUCUGCCUUUGGGAAUUCACGCAAAAUGAUUCACCGGCCGCGAUGGUUUUGGCAGUAUUCUUUUUCUUUGGCAUACUUAUUACGCUCAGCUACGCCGCAUACAGAGUCAUCCGGAUGGCACGGCGGUCGGUUGCUCUUCACCGCAACCCCGCGUACAUUCUCUUUUCUGAUACCCAGGCUUUAAACAAAUGGGGCUUCCUCUAUGUGCAAUUCCGUGCGUCGGCUUAUUAUUUCAUCGUGCCCAUUCUCGUAUACACCCUUAUCAAGGGCAUGUUCAUUGCCCUUGCUCAGGGAGCGGGUACUGUCCAAGCGGUUGCUCUCAUUAUUAUUGAAGCAGCGGCACUCAUCACUGCAUCCGUGCUACGCCCCUGGAUGGAUAAGAGCACUAACUCGUUCAACAUUGCCAUUUGCGUCAUGAACUUCAUCAACUCCAUCUUUUUAUUCGUCUUCACCGACGUGUUCGGGCUGCCACGGCUGGUCAUCGGUGUGGUCGGCGUGGUUCUCUGGAUCACCAACGCUGCGUUUACCCUCAUUCUCCUCCUCAUGCUCAUUGUCACGACUGGCCUGGUGCUUUUCCACAACAACCCCGAUACGCGGUACCAGUUUAUGAACGAUGACCGGACAUCUUUCAUGAAGUCGCAGACGCAGAUCGGCACGACGAGCGAGCUUGACGCCUUGGCGGCCACAGCUCGUGGCAAUGGCCCGGUGAAGCGGAGCACCGACCUCGACGACGAUGAGUCUGCUGUUUCGAAUUCCGUCGUGAUCCGUCCAUCGACUGCAAACUCUAGCCACCAAGUUUCGAUGAGAGAAUCAAUGCGCUCAGUCCGUGACUCGGCCCGAAAUUCGGUCCGCAGCUCGUUCAAGAUCCCGCCUGACCCUGCUCCAGCAAUGGCAGCAAUCGAGGCAGCACAAGCGGGACCUCACUUGCGAAAUCGCCAGAGCGGCAGUAUUAGGGCUCCUAGCCCGUUGGCCACAUCUGGGAGCUCGUCAAACUUGCCCGGCCAUCCACAGCAAUAUGGGGUAGUGCCGCACAGAACGCAAGGCCCGAGCCCAUGGCAACGCGGUGCCGGUUACGAGUAG